AUGACACUCAAGGCAAGGAGGUCGUCCAUCUCAUCAAGCAAGAAGCAGGCAGAGGGCACUCUGCCGCUCAGUCUGGCUCUGGCAUACCUGCUGGUCAAACUCCACCCGCUCAGUCAGGACGGGGAGACAGUCUACCCAUACUCGGCAACCUUUACCGCUGCCAUUCUUCACGUCGUCUCGCGCGAGGUCUUCGAGCUCUCUGAACGCCCUCCGACCUUCAAGGAGCUCAAAGCAGAGACGGAUGCUCUACUCAAGGCAGAAUGCAAAGGUCUGGAACGGAAACACCGCCUCUUGCGGUCGAGAGGUCAACCGGUGUUGCCCUUUCAGAUGGAUGCCGAGGAGUAUUUCAGCUGGCUGGGGCUUUUUGCGGACGAGUUCUCAGACCCAGCAUCAGGUUGCUCGUACCUAGACCUUCUGGAGCACGAUGUCCAGGGGCGUAUCAGCGACAAGAUGGACGAGGACCUUGCAGAGACGCAAGAGCCAUUUGAAAACCGCUACCCCUUGGCACUGUUCAUGCGGUCUCUGAUCAUCUCGCUGAGGAAGCUAUCGUUCGAGGACACUGCCCAUCUCGCACGGCAGAUCGCGCAGUGGUGCGGCACCCCGAUCCAAAACACCACGCUCCGGAACGUCUCUUUGAUUGAUCGACGGAUCGCGGAAGAUAGCAAGCGCUCCGGCGCCAUGAAAGACUACCAAGGAGCGAUCGCAUCCGGUGACUAUUCCCUGGCGAUAAGCUCCCUUCGUCGUUUCUACGACCACAAGCUCCCAGCGUCCAGCAAGAGCCAGCACGCUCACGGUCUCCUCAACCUCGCUGCGUUCUACUAUCAGACGGGCGGUGUCGAGUCUGCCAGAACCGCGGUCGAAGAGGCGAUCCGGAUAGCCAGGAAAGACGGCGACAAGUCGUGUCUUCAGCACUGUAUGAGGUCCGAGGCCGGCUCGUCUACCCCUGGCGCUCGCCGUGCGACCCUGUCUCACCUACCAAAGCCAUCUACGUCAAAUGACGAGCUCGUUAUGCUGCUCACGGCUCUCGACUUGGGCGAACCUCUCCCCGAAGCGUUCCAGCGUAUCCAUCUCGCCCUUGCUCGCCAUCUCACUUCGCCCAAGGCAGAGACGAUCCAGUGGACAUCUCACCUGCCUCUGGAUCUGGCUGCUUGGCAUGUCCUACAAGCUCGGUUGUGGGACGAUAUGGGUGAGAUGGAGCUGGCAACUGUUCACGAGGCGCUAGCACUGGAGGCGGAGAACGGGUCGACUCAGCGCGUCAACGUGGAGAUCGCUCGAGCUAUGCGAGCGGCAAGUCGCGGAGACUUUGAUGCAGGGCUGGCACGACUCCUGGACAAUGACCUGAUCGAGGGGAUGCCCUUUGCAGACUACUCCCGUUGGGCGGAGGCGGUAUGGGAGAUUGUGCAAAGACAGGCAGAACUGAGCGGUGACGACAAGUCGAUCUCGCUGAUAGCUUCCCUACGACCCGAACCCCCAUCCGAUCAUACCCGCGCAGCUGCGAACCUUCGAACCUCGCUUCGCAAAUCCCUCAAACUCCUCGACUCUGCCACGCCUGCUCAUAUCAUCCUCCCGGACGUCCUUUGCGCUGUCCAAUCCGCCCAGCAGCUCGGAUCGUGGCGAUUACACCGUCUGGCCACAAUGGUCAUGGCGGAGGUCCUUCUCGGACUGGGCAAGGGGCUAGGGCCGAAGGUUAUCGAGAUACUAGAGGGUGUCUGGUACGGUAUCAUGGGUGGAAACGACGAGGACGUCAAGGCGCUCGCAGCAUUGGUUCUGGGGAAGGCGGAAGUGGAGGUCGCGAUGAGCUCCGGGGAGGACGGUGUAAUGCUAGAACGCGCAGUUGGCCACCUCCGACAAGCUCUGGACUCUGCCAAAAAGCUGCGGUAUCGCAAAGUCGCGGUCUCAGCCAGUGGCAUACUCGCGAUGCUCGCGGAUCUGACCGAGUCAAGCGAGCGCGACCGGCUCGCCGACGACUGGGCGGAGCUCAGCUCUGCAAGAGAUAUGACUGGACUGAGCGGGCAAGUGCGGCAGGUGGGAGAGAUUGUCAAGCUCGUUGGCUUCACCUGCUCAAUGACCUAA